AUGCCUUUCGGCCAGACGAUCGCUGUGAUCGAUAAGUCUGGCAAAGUGGUGAGCACUAGUAAGCAACUCUUCGGUGUUUUCAGCCAUGCCAAAAGUGCCUAUCGCGAACGCAAGGCCGGCUAUCAGUCAGAGCGAAAUGCCAAACUCGCCGAGCAGCAGGCCCUAGAGGGACUCGCCAACUAUCAGAUUGAGGAUGCGCCAACAGAAGUCUCAGGACGCAGCCGCGCCAGGUCGCGCCAUGGAGGCCGCAGUCAUCGCGCCCCGUCUCAGUAUGACGAUGAUGGAAGGACGGUGGUGUCGCGACGGAGUUCGCAUUAUGGUGACGGAGAUGCCCGUACCAUCGUUCGCCGCCAUACCCACCAUGAUGUCACGCUGCGUGAUGCCCCUCGACCGACAACGGGUCGAUCCAAUUCGGAGGCUCAGAUUGAUAUGGACCUUGCAUAUGGAGACGCCUCCCAUGCAGCCCUAUCGCGAUACACCCCACCCGAACCCGAGGAGGAGCAGAAAAAGCUGGAUGGUCUAGUCACCCGGGCUCAGUGGCUUCUAGAAGAAGCACACUGUGUGCAGCAUGGUGCGACUGCCACCAUCGCUCACCUGCAAAAGAACCCAGAUGCCAUGGCCGCCGUCGCUCUGACUCUGGCGGAGAUCAGUAAUGUUGCGCGCAAAAUGGCGCCCACCGCACUGACCAGUAUGAAGGCGGCUGCGCCUGCCAUCUUCGCUCUCCUGUCAAGCCCACAGUUCCUCAUCGCCGCUGGUGUAGGACUAGGUGCUACCGUCGUCAUGUUUGGAGGAUACAAGAUCAUUCAACGACUGAAGGCCGGCGCAGUCGGAGAGGACGGACAACCCGCCCCGCCACAGCAAGAAACCGAAAUGGAGGAGAUGAUCGAGUUCAACACAGAAGCACUCAGCUCCGUUGAGAUGUGGAGACGCGGUGUCGCCGAUGAGCAAGCCGACAGCCUCGGAACCUCCGUCGACGGAGAGUUCAUCACACCCACCGCGGCAGCCAUGUCCGGCAUCGACGUAACCACCGCACGAGCCCGACGCGAUCCUCGAUUCAAAUUCGACGAUGAUCUCUCCGUCGCCUCAUCUCGUCGCUCUCGUCGCUCACGAUCAACCCGGGCCCCCACACAUGCCCCUUCACAUGCUCCUUCACGCGCCCCAUCAGAAAGACACGAACGGAGAUCCAGAGCCCCCGCCUCCGAGGCCCCCAGUGGAUUCUUCGGUCGAAGCUCCUCCCGCUCCAGAGCUCCAUCACGCGCCCCAAGCAGGGCACCAAGUAUGUCAAGCAAGGCUCCUAGCCGGGCACCAAGUCGCGGCCCAAGUCGUGCACCUAGUCGUGCACACAGCAAAGCUCACAGUCGAGCUCCAUCCAAGGCUGGGACAUGGAUCUCCGAAACCGAAAAACGACCCAAGGAGAAGAAGAAGGGUCCCAGCCGUUUACGACUCAUGUUUACCUCUUAA